AUGCCUUGGCCAACGAUACGGGAGCAGGAAGAAGUAGCUGUCGUUCAGAUUCGUUUACUUAUAGCCUUCUCUUCAUCAUGCAACAGUACGGAGUUGAAUUUCCAAUGUGGGACUUCUGGUCGAUGCAUCUCUGAAAAAUUCAAGUGUGAUGGUGAGAACCACUGUCCAGGUAAUGAGGAUGAACUAGAGUGCGAUGGUAAGUGUCAAAACGGAGCCGUUUGGUGUAAGGAUAGUCAAAAAUGUCUUCCAAAAUGGAAGUUGUGUAAUGGAGUUCAUGACUGUUCGGACGGCAGCGAUGAACAAAAUUGUACUUGUAACGAAUGCUGCGGGAAGGACAGAGUACUUUGUCCAAAAACAAAGGCCUGUAUACAGAGGGUGCAGUUAUGUGAUGGCUUUAAAGACUGUUCAGACGGUGCUGAUGAAGAAAACUGCACUACUACAUGCAAUGCUGAUUCAAUUCCAAAAAGCGACCUUGUGUACUGCGCUGAUGGACGUCCAUAUCAAAAAAAGUUAGCUUGCGCUGGUCGCAUAGCUGUCUGCAGCAGUUCGUGUGAUGAGUGCGAUAAUGUUCAUGCAGUUUCAUGCAAGGACGAAAAAAAGUGCUUGCCGAAAUCGAUGGCUUGCGAUGGCAGAAAAGAUUGCAUCUAUGGAACCGAUGAGGAAAAUUGUCAUAUGUCCGGUGUCUUUUCGUGUGUAGUUGGUACGUUCUAUGAAAAACGGAAAUUUCUAAAACAAGACCAGAUCUGUGAUGGGGUCGAGGACUGUCCGGACGGAAGUGAUGAAAAAGGAUGCAUCAGCUGUCGUAACAACGCUCUUUUGUGCAGCACUAAACAGGUCUGUAUCCCCUUUUACAAGGUCUGUAAUGGUGUUGCGGAUUGUGAGGACUCGAGCGACGAAAACAACUGCACAUGCACAGGUCUUCGGCUUAUUACGCUCCUAUCAACCAUUACCAAUACUGCAUGUUUCGAGACGUUCCACUGCACAAGUGCGAAAAAUCAAACCGAUGUUUAA